AAGUAGAUUGAAAGAUGACCAAAAAAAAAAAAAAAACCCAUCCAGGUGAACAUACAUUCUUUUCAUUCUCCAAAGGACCACUCGUGUACUCCCUGAAGGGAUGUAUCCUCCUUCAUGGACCCCUGUUUUGGGUCAUGAAGGGCCAGCAGUGGCAAAUAAAUAGAAAUCCUGCUCAACUGGGUGUUUAUCAACUUUGACUGCUUACCUGACUCCGCUUGUAGUACAGGGUUGUCAGAUCCUGGCAGCACAUGCCUGAGAGCUUGAGGUUAUGGAAAACACAACUGGACAACGUGGAAAAUAAAGGUUCUCAACUGAAAUGAAGCAAAGACCAGACUGGGGACUAGAAGCGGUAGACGGAACUGUUGUUAUUUUCCUGUGCACCUUUAAGAAGAACUGAGAGCCUUAGGUAUAUGUGAAGAUUUCUUGGCAGUUUAGCGUGGAGACCGUUGAUCUGACCGCCUGGCCUGGAUGUCUGCCUGCUCUGGGCUGACGAGGGAGAGCGCCCAAAUGAGCAGGGUGUCGCCGCAGACCUCUGGUGCUCCCCCGGUACUGAACGGGCUAACUGUCACUCACACGCAGGCGCAUGCCAGCGGCUUACAGCAGGUUCCGCAGCUGGUACCCGCCGGCCCUGGGGGCGGAGGCAAAGCUGCGCCUCCAAGCAAGCAGAGCAAGAAGAGUUCGCCCAUGGAUCGCAACAGUGAUGAGUACCGGCAGCGCAGAGAGAGGAACAACAUGGCUGUGAAAAAGAGCCGGUUGAAAAGCAAGCAGAAAGCCCAGGAUACACUGCAGAGAGUGAAUCAACUCAAGGAAGAGAAUGAACGGUUGGAAGCAAAAAUUAAAUUGCUGACUAAGGAAUUAAGUGUACUGAAGGAUUUGUUUCUUGAGCAUGCACACAACCUUGCAGAUAAUGUGCAACCCAGUAGCACUGAAAACACAACGAAUUCGGAUAGUGCAGGACAGUAGGUCUCCCCCCUUCCAAACUUCACAGCUUGUGGCUGGAACGGAAAAGGUGUGGCGGCCGACACCACUCACAUCAUCAGCUGAACCUUGUCUUGUGCCAUUAGAGAUGCGUUGAAGGUUGUUUUCUAGGAUCAUCACUGAAGAGUUGAUUAGCUGAAAACGUUAGCCAUGUAAUUUGAAUAUCUGGUUUUAAAUUAUGAGGAUUUCUUUGGGGAUUAAAAAAAAACAUUUUUAAAGGAUAGAUUAAAAAAAAAAAAAUUCCCUGGACCUUUAUGUUCUUAAUUACAUCCUGACUUCCCAAGGAAUGUUUCUUUUUUUAAGGUCGACAAAAGGAAUGGGGAACUGGCAAGUCAUGCAGUAAGUUCUUGGUUUUCAUCGAUAUGGUAAAUUGGAUGGAGACAAGUUGAAUGCCAUCUCUGUUAAUCCAUUUGUGACUUUUUUCUAAAUUAUGUAUUAAAAAUGCUUAGGGCUAUAGAAGCCAA